GCGCUGCGGCUGCUGCUCCGCUAACGGGCUCCGACCCAGCGAGCUCCGCGUCCGCGCGUCCGUCUGCGACAAGAGGCUUCGCCCGCGUGGAUUCUGCUGCAGAACCUGAGACCAUGGCCAAACCAGCACAGGGUGCCAAGUACCGGGGCUCCAUUCAUGACUUCCCAGACUUCGACCCCAGCCAGGAUGCUGAGGCGCUGUACGCCGCCAUGAAGGGCUUCGGCAGUGACAAGGAGGCCAUACUGGAGCUGAUCACCACCCGGAGCAACAGACAGAGACAGGAGGUCUGCCAGAGCUACAAGUCCCUCUAUGGCAAGGACCUCAUUGCUGACCUGAAGUAUGAGCUGACGGGGAAGUUUGAACGGCUGAUCGUGGGCCUCAUGCGGCCACUUGCCUAUUGUGAUGCCAAAGAGAUUAAAGACGCCAUCUCGGGCAUUGGCACCGACGAGAAGUGCCUCAUUGAGAUCUUGGCUUCCCGGACCAAUGAGCAGAUCCACCAGCUGGUGGCAGCAUACAAAGACGCCUAUGAGCGGGACCUGGAGGCUGACAUCAUGGGCGACACCUCUGGCCACUUCCAGAAGAUGCUGGUGGUCCUGCUCCAGGGAACCAGGGAGGAGGAUGAUGUAGUGAGCGAGGACCUGGUACAACAGGACGUCCAGGACCUGUACGAGGCAGGGGAACUGAAAUGGGGAACGGAUGAAGCCCAGUUCAUUUACAUCUUGGGAAAUCGCAGCAAGCAGCAUCUUCGGUUAGUGUUCGAUGAGUAUCUGAGGACCACGGGAAAGCCGAUCGAAGCCAGCAUCCGAGGGGAGCUGUCCGGGGACUUUGAGAAGCUAAUGCUGGCUGUGGUGAAGUGUAUCCGGAGCACCCCGGAGUAUUUUGCCGAAAGGCUCUUCAAGGCCAUGAAGGGCCUGGGGACUCGGGACAACACGCUGAUCCGCAUCAUGGUCUCCCGUAGCGAGCUGGACAUGCUUGACAUCCGGGAGAUCUUCCGGACCAAGUACGAGAAGUCCCUCUACAGCAUGAUCAAGAACGACACCUCUGGCGAGUACAAGAAGGCUCUGCUGAAGCUGUGUGGGGGAGAUGAUGAUGCUGCUGGCCAGUUCUUCCCGGAGGCAGCGCAGGUGGCCUAUCAGAUGUGGGAACUUAGUGCAGUGGCCCCAACAGAGCUGAAGGGAACCGUGCGCCCAGCCAAUGACUUCAACCCUGAUGCAGACGCCAAAGCGCUGCGCAAAGCCAUGAAGGGAAUCGGAACUGAUGAAGGCGCCAUCAUUGAUAUCAUCACGCACCGCAGCAACGCCCAGAGGCAGCAGAUCCGGCAGAACUUCAAGUCUCACUUUGGCCGGGACUUAAUGGCCGAUCUGAAGUCUGAGCUCUCUGGAGACCUGGCGAGGCUGAUUCUGGGGCUCAUGAUGCCACCGGCCCACUACGAUGCCAAGCAGUUGAAGAAGGCCAUGGAGGGAGCCGGCACAGAUGAAAAGGCUCUGCCCACAGCCCCUUUCUCUGUCUCAGACUAUCACAAGUCCCUGGAGGACGCUCUGAGCUCAGACACAUCUGGCCACUUCAGGCGAAUCCUCAUUUCUCUGGCCACGGGGAACCGUGAGGAGGGAGGAGAGGACCGGGACCGGGCCCGGGAAGAUGCCCAGGUGGCUGCUGAGAUCUUGGAAAUAGCAGACACGCCCAGUGGAGACAAAACUUCCUUGGAGACGCGUUUCAUGAUGAUCCUGUGCACCCGUAGCUACCCGCACCUCCGCAGAGUCUUCCAGGAGUUCAUCAAGAUGACCAACUAUGACGUGGAGCACACCAUCAAGAAGGAGAUGUCUGGAGACGUCAGGGAUGCGUUUGUGGCCAUCGUUCAAAGCGUCAAGAACAAGCCUCUCUUCUUUGCCGACAAACUUUAUAAAUCCAUGAAGGGCGCUGGCACGGACGAGAAGACCCUCACCAGGAUCAUGAUCUCCCGGAGCGAGAUCGACCUGCUCAACAUCCGGCGAGAAUUCAUUGAGAAAUACGACAUGUCUCUCCACCAAGCCAUUGAGGGCGACACCUCCGGAGACUUCCUGAAGGCCCUACUGGCUGUCUGUGGUGGUGAGGACUAGGGCCACCAGCUUUGGCGGGCACUUCUGCCGAGAAACAGUCAGCAGCUCCAGCCGCCAUGGCCAAGCGCGAUUGUUCCAGCUCCAGAGACAGGAACGGGCGGGGUGCGGGGAGGGUUAGGGUUGGACUCUUGUCUUCAACUGGGGCUUAGGAAAGGCUCCCACCCCCACGGGCCACUGAGGACCCAGCACGGUCACUCCUGCUCACGGCCGAGCGGCUGAAGAACCAUAGCCAUAGACCCCGUCCACCUUCACUCCCCUGACGCCUCAGCCUUUCCCAGCUUCCUUCCCUUGCCACAGCCUGUGCCCUGGUUUGGGCUUUGUCAAAUCCAGAAACAUACUGAGCCUCUGUCUGUAA